AUGGAACCACAGUCCAUUCCCAAAGUUGCUCAUGAUACCAACAACCACCAUUUUGAAAAUCAAUCAAAUUUUUGCCAAGACCUUGAUCAUGAUCAUGAUCACGAUCACGAUCACAAUAUAGGUACCAAAAACAUUGAAACCGGUACCGAUGAAGAUAAUAGUCAGUUAAAAUAUGAAAAUCAGGAUCUGGAUUUAAUAAAUGAUCUAAGAGUUGAGUCAAGGCCGGUUUUAGACUUUGAUUAUUAUAGUUUGAUUGAGAAAAUAUCAAAAGAAGGAGUGGAUACAUGUUUAAGUUUGAAUUCGAAUUUGAAUACAAAUUCAAAUGCAAAUGAAAUAGAGUGGAAGGUCUUGAAAAAAGCUCUAAGGGAAGAAAUUGUUCUGAAAAGUAACCAAAUGUUUGAAAAGUACGGAGGAUUGGACCAGUUCGACUACUUGCCAUACAAUUGUAGACUACAUUCUGAUAUAGAAAAUUCCCAAAGAGAGGAAGUUUCACCACUUGGUGUGAUUGGAGAGUACUCAUGUUCAGAUUGUGGGAAGUCCAUUUUGGAAAACUUUCUAGAAGAUAUUCUUGAAGCCUUUGACUGUCAUACCGAUUUUCCUCCAACAAUUCAAAGAAUUUGUGAAUUACUAUUAUUUCCAGACUGCUAUAACAACACAAAAAGCUUUCUUUAUGCUCUUGAUAAGCUUGUAAAUGUUUCUUGUCCUAUCACCAUUGAAGAUCCAGAUCAAUCUGAAACUGAGCUAAGUUGCUCAGAAACUAUAUCCACUAUUACAGGAAAUAAAAGACCACUUACUGAGUCAUCCAAUACCUUAUUUAAUCAAAAUGUUGAAACUAAUAACACCAGUUCUAAAAGACUCAGGACUGAAUCUGAUUUGGAUAUAUAA